GGGGAGGCCCCUGGUGAGAUGGGGGGGGCGCUGCUGCUGGAGAAAGAGCCUCGGGGAACUACAGAGAGAGGUCUUAGCUCCUCAGGAGAUAAGUCUCCUGGAGAGGAGACCCCACCUCAGGACCAUCCAGAGCCUGUGGAACCCACUGGUCCCUCAUCUCCUGCCUCAGUCACAGUGACUGUAGGGGAUGAGGGUGCUGACACCCCAGUGGGGGCCACACCCCUCAUUGGUGAUGAACCAGAGAGUCCAGAGGGAGAGGAGGGCAUUCACAGUGGUAGGAUGUUGUUAGGCCAUGCCACUAAGUCCUUUCCCUCGUCCCCCAGCAAAGGGGGCAGCGUCUGCCCAAGCCGGGCGAAGAUUACCAUGACAGGGGCCGGGAAAUCACCUCCCUCAGUCCAGAGUUUAGCCAUGCGGCUGUUGAGCAUGCCUGGGGCACAAGGGGCUGGAGCUGGGCCUGAGCCUGCCCCUACCCCCACCCCUACCCCCACCCCUACCAGCCCUGAAGGGAAGCCCAAGGUCCACCGAGCUCGAAAAACCAUGUCCAAACCAGGGAAUGGACAGCCUCCGGUUCCUGAGAAACGACCCCCUGAAGUUCAGCAUUUUCGAAUGAGUGAUGAUCUUCAUUCAAUGGGGGAUGUAGGAACAGAUGUUGCCAAAAGGAGGAAGCUAGAUGUGGGAAGUGGAGGCCCCCACAAGAGAGGACCCCAUGCCUUG